AUGACUGCUCUAGACAACCAAAUGUUGGUGGAAACCAUCUCCUCGUUGGUACUAAGCAAUGACUCCUCUUCUAUGCCUCCGGCCCCAGAGUUUCCUCUCCGAAUUAAGGUUGACCUUGCGAAUUCAGAAGCAAACGAGUCUCCUCAGCUGCUAAAGCUCUAUUUAUCUGACGAGGGCAUACGGUGGAGUGCUACUGACCUCGUCUUGAGCUUUUCGACCUCCGAAAAGGCUGUUGCUUACAGCAUCGUGACCCAUUUAUGUGACAAUAAUUGGAGCAUUACCUUUGAUUACGGUCAAUUUGUCUCGCAUCCUGGCAUGCUUUUUGUGAAGGGCCUCGAAAGGUCUCCCUCACUACUUGAGGACCUUACUGACCAUUUUAAGAAGCAAUGUCGAUACGAACUGCUUGCUGAUGUGAAUGUGAUCGGUGUUCCUCCCGAAGAGUCUAAUAGUUCAAAUGCAAAUGCCACUGGACAUUGCCCCAACGAGGUGGCUGCUAUCAUCAAAUAUGACAACUUCUUAGACGCAGAAUAUGCGCUUGUCCACGCAAAUGGAGCCAACUCGUUUGGUCCCAAAAUGCAAGUCAACAGAUACAUCAGCAAGAAAGAACGGGCGCUCGCCAACGAGCAGAGCCCCAACCUGAGAUCAAACUCAUCGGUGAAUCCCCACGAGGAAUCAGUGGUAUAUGAUACCAUUGUGGUGGAGAAUUUCAAUGAUUUUAUAGCUGGAACCCUCAGUAUCGAGCAAUUCCAGACAAUACUCGAGAAAUUUGAGCUUUUCCUGCCAAUCGAGUGUAUAUUCUUCCCUACCGCUAACGGUGAGUCUGACCGCUUGCGCUUCAAGAAGGUCGGAUAUAUCCGUAUAGAGCUAGAUAAGGAGAUGAACUUGAAACUUUUGAAGGCACUUUAUUACCUUAAUGGCUUGACUUUAAAGCAACUACUUGAAUUCUCUAAGGAUGAUAUUUACGACCUUACGCUGGAUCUAAAUAUCCCUGAACGCGAGCGAACACUGAAGUCUGCUAAGUUGAAGUUGUCCAUUGCACAGAGGAAACACAACCACCAUCUCUACGAGAAUUCUGACUCACUCUAUGUGGGGCUAACAGACGAUAAUAAGGUUCAAGUUUUCGAGGCUAAUGAGAAGCUUGUCGAGUCGGGUUUUAUCGAUCAGUUCUCUAAGUCUUCCAAUUACCAGGAGACAAACGUUUAUGUGAACAACUUUCCAAUCAUUUUUGAGAAUGACGACAAUCUAUGGGCCGAUUUCUGGAAUCAGUUCGGAAUAGGUCGCGUCAAGUCUGCCAAAAUCAUCAAACCUUACUUUUAUUCAAAAAAGUCUGACGGAGCACUAGGAAAGAUUGGCUUUGUCUUCUACGAGGAGUUCAAAAUGGCUCUCCGUGCCAUUAUUCUCACCAACAACAAAUCCAUCAAGUACAAGAACUGCCCCAGCAUAUUGAUUCAGGCAUCGUUUGCUAUUCAAAAACAUAGCAGCUAUUCGCAGCCACCAAGUAAGCAAUCGCACUCCAAGUUUACUCACCCUGCCCCGCCCAUGAACUAUUAUCCCCUCCAUGAACCUUCGAAGCAGUACAAUGGCGGCUCCCCUUUUGUUCCAUUUCCGGAACAAUAUGUUUUCCAUCCUUACAUGAUGUCGAUGCCACAUUAUACACCGGGCAUGCUUCCCGAAGAUAAUCCAGAGGAAGGAGUGGGAGAGUUUCGCAGGUUGCUGGAAGAUUUCACUGGUGCCACCCCUGGUGGGGCCACGUUCCCUCCACACUUUGGCUUCUACUAUCCUUACUUUCCGUAUUCGGGACUGAUGCCAAUGGGUGCGCCUAUACCUCCUCACAUGCCAACGAAUGGACUUCCGAUUCCUGUUCAAAACCAAAAUAACCAAAGAUCCGAAAGGAAGAAGUCUGGAUGA